CUAUUCUAGUAACCUUGGACCAAAGGAGAAUGACAAUGACAGUUCACAGUUGUUAUUUAUAUUAUCAAUGAACAAUUUCAAUCGAUUUUAAUGUAAAUAACUGCAAUAGUUAUUUGUUGAGUCAGUGAUUAACGCUAACGGAAUUUUAAAAGUCGCGACAAUAUUAAUUUAAUUAUAUUAAAAAGUUUUUGUUGAAGUAGUUAAUUUAAUUAAGUAACUCAUCUUGGAUUAAAUUUUUCAACAAAAUUAAUAAUCUCUUGUUUGACAGUCGGUGACGUACUUGAUAAUAACUCUAUUUUAUCAGUUUUUGUCUCAAACAUUAUCGUAAAUUAUAAAAAUAAGUUACGAUUUAAUAAAAAUACCAGGAUAAUAAAUAAAAAUGGAUAUUGGAUUCUCAUCGUAUCAUAAUGGUGGGCCAGUUAGAGAACAAGAUUUCGAAAGACUUUCACAAACAGUUGGAACAUCAAUACUCAAAAUAUCUCAAAAUGUGUCAUCAAUGCAAAAAAUGGUUAAUCAAUUGGGAGGAUCAACAGAUUCUCAAGAGCUUCGAAAUCAACUACAUCAAAUUCAACAUUACACUCAGCAGCUAGCAAAAGAUACAAAUGUACAUCUGCGAGAUUUGGCAGCGAUUGUCAGUAACUCAUCUUCAAAUAGUCCUGGAGAACAAACUCGAAGGAAAAUGCGAAUGCUAACAGAAAGACUUCAAGAUGAAUUUAUGUCUGCUUUAAAUAGUUUUCAAAGUGUCCAAAGGCAAGCAGCAUCUAAAGAAAAAGAAAUGGUUCGAAAAGCUAAAGCUAGCGCUGGUGUGGUACCAUUUGGUGAAAAGAAACAAGAAACAUUGAUUGAAUUACAAGACAGUAGAACACAAAAACAAAUUCAACAACAACAUUUACAAGAUGAACAAAACCUACGAAUGCUCGAAGAACAAGAAGCCAGUAUACGCCAACUUGAGAGUGAUAUAAGUGAUGUUAAUCAAAUAUUCAAAGACUUGGGGGCUUUAGUACAUGAUCAGGGAGUUGUAAUUGAUUCAAUCGAGGCAUCUGUAGAAAGAACCGAAGUAUUUGUUCAUGAAGGCGCUCAACAACUGAGAACAGCAGCAACUUACCAAAAUAAAUUGCGAAAAAAGAAAUGUAUACUGGUAAUAAUCGGAGCUGUGGCUCUUUCUAUUUUGAUUGGAAUAAUUGUCUGGCAAACAUCUUAAGAUUUAUUAUGUUUUUGUUGAUAAUCAGUAUGCCUGAAACCGAGUCGUUUUAUUAUUAAAUAAAUGAGAGGUAACUUUUUAUAUUUUAUUUAUUCCGUAAAUCUAUCACGCGGGAAAAGUCCAUUUGUAUAAUACAUUUAUUUGAUAUAUUAUUGCCAAUAUUACACCUGAUGCUAUCGUAAGUUUUAUUAAAAAUAUAAUAAUUGUUGUUACUUGGAUAAGUCCAUAAAUUUUUACUCAUACGAAAAAAAUA